CGGGCCGGGCUGGAGCCGCAGCGCCAAGGGCUCGGCCAUGGGCGAUUACCAGCUCUCGGUGGAGGAGCUGAACGAGCUCCUGUCUAACGGGAGCGGCUGCUACAGCCUGCCCAGCGCGCACAGCAACGAGGUGGUGCCGCGCAUCCACGUGGGGAACGCGUUCAUAGCCAAGAACAUAAUGAGGCUGCAGCGUCUGGGGAUAACCCAUGUUCUGAAUGCAGCAGAGGGGAAAUCAUUCAUGCAUGUGAACACUAAUGCAGAGUUCUAUGAAGGCUCAGGCAUCAGAUACCAUGGCAUUAAAGCUAAUGACACACAGGAAUUUAACCUCAGUCGCUACUUUGAGGAGGCAGCUGAUUUUAUUGACAAAGCCCUUUCCCAGAAGGAUGGCCAGGUGCUGGUGCACUGCCGGGAGGGCUACAGCCGCUCGCCCACGCUGGUCAUCGCCUACCUGAUGCUGCGGCGGGGCAUGGACGUGCGCGCCGCGCUCUGCGCCGUGCGCCAGCAGCGCGAGAUCGGCCCCAACGACGGCUUCCUCGGGCAGCUCUGCCAGCUCAACGAGCGCCUGCUGAAGGAGGGCAAGCUCAAAGCCUAGAGCACGGCGCCGCAGUGGUGUUGUUUUAGGUUUCUCAGAGCUUUAGAGGAUGGGUGAGGCGCUUUAGAGAUGUGAAUUUCCACCACCGGGCUAAAGCGAGAAUUCCUGCUUGUCUAGUGAAAGUGUCCGUCUGGAACUCUGUGAUGUUUUCAGGAUGGGACAAAAUUGUGUCACUGUUUGGAGCUGUUGCCAUCAAGGGAUGUUUGUAACUCCAGUGAUAACAGCUGUCUUCACCCACAUUUCAGAGCCCCUGCAGAAUCCAUAGCACAUGUGGUUUGCACUGACGUUGAAUGUGUUUUGUUUAAGCUUUGUCUUUAGUCUCACCAUGUUAGUGUUCAGGAACACAGAAUCACAGAAGGAUUGUAUGCAGGUGCUUUUAUUGGAGAGCUCUGGGUGUCAGGGGUACAGACCCAACCAUGAGUUCAGGAUGAGCACAUUUUUAUACCCUUAUCAUUAUAUAACUAUAUAUUAAUUAUUAAACUUACGUUGUUCUGUUGUAUACAUUGAUUUCAUCCAAGCAUGGAUUCUUUUAAUUUCCAUCAAACCCCCCAAACAUCAUUUCUCAUGAUUCUUGCUACAAUUAAACAAUAAUUAUAUCCAAUUACCAAACAAUCAUCACAUUUAACAAUCAUAUAAUUAAUCAUGUAACGAUCAUAUAAUUUAUCAUAGUCAUUAAAUACAGGUGGAGUUUCAUGUGAUCCAUUAAAGCCUAACAUUUUCCCAGGGCCUACCAGGCCCAACCUUUCUUUCCAACUCCCCUGAAUAUCCCAGGAUUUUAGAAACAUUUAAUCCCUACACUAUCAACCAGAGCACCAGCUCCCAAAAGCCCCAACACAUCCCUUCACUCACUCUUAAUAGGAGCACUUUAAUUUCUAAAGCUUCUUUUUCAUGCACACAGGUGCCUAAAGUUUGAAUGUAGGAGCUUCAAGGAGUGGGAAGCACAUGUACAAAUGCACAGAUGCAUUCACUUGGAAAAUGAAGUGCAUGCAGUGUUUUGUGUGGAUUUAUGCAAUACACAGUGUGAGAGUAAAGCCAUUCAGAGCCCAUGCUUGAUGCACACUGUGUUUCCAAGAAUAGUUUUUUAUCUCUUCUGUUACAAUGGACAUGAAAUAGUCUGUUAUUAAAUGCUCUUUUAUUUUUAUUUCAAAAUCAUACUAGGAAAAAAUGUCAAGAGCAAAUGAUGAGGGAAGAACUUGAACAAGGAAGAAAUAAUAUUAGUAUUUAGAAGUGCUUGUGGUGGAUGUAUAAUUAAGUUCUAAGUAUCCUACUAUAAUGCCUUUCAAAGCUUGUAUGGAAUUGCAGUGUCUUUAUCUCUUCUUCACUGUCACUGUUCAGUCACAGAUGGAAUGACCACACGUGCAGAUUCCUUCCAGCACAGGUGUGCUUGCAUAGCGGUUUGCAGAAGAACACUCUUGAUUUUUGGAUUGCUUGCAUGGUAUCACGAAAUAAAAAUGAGCAUUGUAAUGUACCACCCUGUAUGGGAAAUAUUUACAUUCUGUUCAAAUAAAUGAUGGCUGGAUUCUGUUUACUACA